UUUUCACGACACGAUGCGUCUCUUCGACGUCUCACGACGUCACUCCGCUGGCCGUGACGUUACGUAUUUAACAUGGCGCCUUCCACCAGUACAACGUCGUCCACAAAAUUUUCACGUUUUUGAGCUUUAAAAUUCACCAUUUUUAACGAUCAAACAUACUCAAGACAAGAUGGAGACAUCACUGAUGCCGUUUGAAGAAAACGAGAAGGAAAAGGAGGAGAUUCAGGAACAGGCAGAAGAAUGUGAUGAUGAUGAUGAAGAAGAAGAAGAACAAGAGCAGGAGAAGGAGGUGGUGAAAGAGGAGAAUGUAGAAGACGGUAUUAAAGACAACAAUCAGAAUGAGGAAGACCAUGGUGAAAAAAAAAAAGUAAAGCAGACUGGUGGUCUGAACCUCAACAAUGAGGUGGUGAAGAUGAGGAAGGAUGUGAAAAGAGUGAGAGCCCUGAUCAUCAGAAAACUCACGCGUCAAAUUGGUGCCCUGAAAAAGAAGAAAGGUAAAGAGGCUGAAGUGGAGAAGAAUCAGAGGAGAGCUGCCAGACUGUUGGAGGAGAUCCAUGCAAUGAAAGCUCUUUCGCCAGACCUGGUGACCAAGACAGCCCUACAGAAGAAUCUCAAAUUUGAGGAGGUGUGUAAGAACCCAAAGUCGAACAUUUCUGACCGGGCAAUUGCGCGCAUUGCCACAUAUCCUCAGUUCCACAAGAAGAUUGAGGACAUCAAAGCUGCUAUCAAAGCUUUCAAAGAGGAAAGGAUGAAAGGUGGGAAGCAGGGAGGAAAGGAAAAGGUGCAAAAUAAAUCAGACAUAGCAAAGAAAAGCCUGGAGAAACACGUCACAGAUGUGACAACAGUGAAGCAAAAGGAGACAACUGACGAUAAAUUAACAACUAUAAAGGUAAAGGACAACAUACUUAAAGACUGUAAAGACUCAACUGUGUCCGAACCUGAAAAAGAGACAGAGACACCUGCAGAAUCAGCAGACACUGCUGACGUUGAACAGGUUAAAAUAGAAAACAAGAAUGUGAAGCAGCCAUCAACAAAUAGAAAAAAUGUUGAGAAAACUGUCAAAAAUGCAUCUACAUUUUCUGAAUCUAAAAUUCAAAUUGGAAGUGAGAAACAACCCGUGGCAGUGCUUAAAAAGGUAAGUGUAGAAGAAGAAGAAGAGAGUGGAUUAGAGUCAUCAGACGAGGAAGAUAAAGAGUACUUUGAUGACAGCACAGAGGAGCGUUUCCACAAACAAUCCUCUCAGUCUGAGGAGAGCGACGACGACUUCUUUUUCGGAAAAGUCAAUAAAUUCAAAAAGAAGAAGAAGAAAGAUGCAGAAACUACAGAUAAACAGGAGACGGGAUUGAAAGUGGAAUCUGUGGAAAAGGAGAAAAUUGAGCUCGAGUCUAGACCAAGGUCAAAAUCGCUUCAGUCCGUAUUUUGUUCUUCCCUUUCUGGGCCUAAGCAAAGUGCAGGUGGUGGUGCAGGCAGGGGAAGUGGUGGUGAUACAUUUCGGGGCCAAAGGAAACCUUAUGGCAGGGGUGGUGUUAACAGAGACUUUAGUAAACAAUCUAAGUUUCAAAAGCAGGGUUCAGGGGAAGAGAGACAUUCUGGACUGCAGGAUUCAGAGGGGAGGAACUUUUCAUUUUCUGGCAGAGGUAGAGGACAAGGCAGGGGUAGAGGUACAAGGCCCAACGCCUUUUCCCAGCAGGCUCCAAAGCAGGCUCUGCAUCCAUCUUGGGAGGCCAGUAAGAGGAGAAAGGAACAACAAGGACAAAUAUUGGCAUUUCAAGGGAAGAAAAUUAAAUUUGAUGAUGACGAUUAAAUAAUUUCACUGUUGGCUGCUUGUAAUCAUAUGACUGUUUGAGUUAUGAGUUUAAAAAAAAGUAAAUUAAUCAAAGGACAUUGUACAGAAAUUGCAAAUGAAUAUUAAAGCAAUGAUGACAUGACACUUUUAUGAGUUCAACAA